AUGAAAGGCCUCACACCAGAGCAACGAAAACGGAUCGUGGACAAAUACGUACGUGAAAAAGGUAUUUCUAUGAGAAUGAUCGCAAAAAUUGAGAAAGUGAGCCGUUCUGCUGUUUUUAAUGCUAUCAAAAAGUAUGGCCAGGACCUGUCCUUUAAAGAUAAGCCAAAAAGCGGCAGAAAAAUUGGUUCACAUAAUCGCAAUUUGGAUUCCAAAAUAUGCCGAAAAAUUAAAACAUCACCAAAUGCUUCAAUAAGAGAUGUGGCCAAAAAGUGUAAAACAACGGUAGGCAUGGUCCAGCGGGCAAAGAAGCGGAACAACUUAAGGACCUAUAGAAAACAACGGAAACCAAAACGAUCUCAAAAGCAGGCCGCAAGCGUAAAAACUCGCCUUAGAAAAUUAUACGAUACUGUUUUGACCAAAAAUGAACAGUGCAUAAUACAAGAUGACGAAACCUACGUGAAACUCGAUUAUUCAGUACUGCCGGGGCCACAAUACUUUACUGUCCGCAAAGGAGAACAACUGGACGAGGGUAAAACGUCAAUAUAUGCUGAAAAAUUCGGGUCAAAGGCAAUGGUAUGGCAGGCGAUAUGUGAAUGCGGCAUGAAGUCCACAGCGUACAUUACCACUUCUACAAUGACUACUGACGUUUACAUCAAAGAGUGUUUAAAGAAGCGGAUUUUGCCCUUGAUUCGACGGCAUAGAGGGUCUACUUUGUUUUGGCCUGAUUUGGCCAGUUGCCAUUAUGCUUCUCGGACUAGAGAGUGGAUGGAAGCGAACGGUGUCGAAUAUGUAGAAAAAUCCAUGAAUCCACCCAACUACCCUGAAGUCCGACCAAUCGAGGAAUACUGGGCUAUCAUGAAGAGGAUACUUCGGCAACGAUUUUCCUCAGCGGAUUCUGUCAAAAAAUUUAAAAAAGAUUGGGUAAAAGCGGCCAAAACUGUCACUGUUAGUGUUGUCCGCAACUUAAUGAAGAAUGUACGAGUCCAAGUUCGAAAAAUCGCCAGAAACCAGAAGUAA